AAACCAAACUGAGGGACACUUUGCUUUGUGUCUCAUUUUUUGGUCUCAGCAUGAAGGAAUCUACCUAGUGUCUGUUGAUUCAGUUUUAUCGUGAACGUUGUCGUUGAAAGUAGUAUUAUAAUUUUGUGUUUUUUCUGAUAAAUGCGAAAUAAUUUAUUUUCGAAAUGGAUUGCGGAACAUCGAUGGUGAAAUAUAUUUUAUUCCUCUUCAACACAUUGUGUUCGAUAUGUGGAAUCUUACUGAUUGUUUUUGGAACACUUUUGCUGAAUAACAUUGGCGACUAUCACAACCUUGGAGAUGCUGUGAAAGCCCAACAAAUUCCUGUUGGACUUAUAGUUUUCGGAUCAGUUGUGCUGUUAAUUUCAUUCUUAGGAUGUUGCGGAGCUAUAAGGGAAUCCUAUUGCAUGUCUAUGACAUACUCAGUUGCCCUGUUGGUCUUGCUUAUUGCACAACUUGUUGGAGUUGUCUAUUUCUGGGUAGACAAACAAAACUUUGUAAAUUCAAUGGGUAAGAUUGUUGAUAAGGCAUGGGAGGAACGUACUAGUCGUGCUGACUUUAUGGAUGCCCUUCAAGUUGGGUUUAAAUGCUGCGGUAAGUCUGGACCUACCGAUUACUUGACUUCCUUCGCACUACCUCCAUCAACAUGCUGUGAAAAGAAUGACUGCUCAGUUCCAUCAAACAUCUACAUCUCAGGCUGCAAACAAAAAAUGAUGGAUUUCUGGUCUGGAAAGAGUGAAGUUAUUAAGUUUGCCGGAUUAGUGGUUGUCGGUAUUGAGCUUGUCGGAUUCAUUUUCGGUUGCUGCUUGGCCAACAACAUUCGCAACUAUAAGCGCAGGGCGACCUACUAAAUCUACCAAUAACAAUUUUGUACAAAAUGCUAUACGCAUUCCAAUUUUUUGUUUUUUAAGAGAAACACUACCGAAAUGUUAAUUUAACUAAAUACGAUUCGAAUUGUUUAUAUAUACAUUCACCAAAAUAUUGUCUCACUCAUUUAUAAGAUUUUUGAUACAUUUUUUUCUCAAAAAAAAAAAAAAAACAAAAAUACCGAAAAAUAAAUUUGAAUACAAUAAUAAAUUAUAAUAUAAAUAUGAUUAGUUUUUACGAUAAUAUAUUUACAAUGUUAUUAAAUAAUAUGUAUAUUGUAUAUGAAAUAAAUAAGUACAUUUGUACAAAUAAA